AUGGCAUCUCUUCUACCUCAUUUCACUGCACCGGUCGAAGCUGGACACGAGUUCAGAGAACAUAGAUUCAAUCCAUACACCGAUAAUGGCGGUUCGACCCUAGGCAUCGCUGGAUCUGACUUCGCUAUUUUGGCCGGCGAUACACGUUCCACCUCUGGAUACAACAUCAAUACCAGAUACUCCCCCAAGGUUUUCAAAAUAGGAGGCGACGAUGAAACUGGAGAAGGUGCUCAUAUUGUUCUAUCAGUGGUUGGAUUUGCUGCGGACGGGCGGGCGCUGAAGGAACGGCUCGACAGCAUCGUCAAGGUGUACCGAUACCAACACGGCAAACAGAUUUCCGUCAAGGCAUGUGCACAGCGCCUGUCAACCAUUCUAUACUCGAAACGAUUCUUCCCAUACUAUGCUCAUGCAAUUCUGGCUGGCUUGGAUGAGGAUGGCCGCGGAGCUCUAUACAGCUACGAUCCAGUGGGUUCUUAUGAGAGGGAACAGUGUCGGGCUGCAGGAGCUGCAUCCAGCCUCAUCAUGCCGUUCCUCGACAACCAAGUCAACUUCAAGAAUCAAUAUAUUCCUGGAAGUGGAGAGGGCCAUGCUUUGGAGAAACGUGCUCCCGCGCCAUUGCCCCGAGACACCGUGGAACAACUUGUGCGGGAUGCAUUUACCAGCGCAGUAGAGAGACACAUUGAAGUUGGUGAUGGCUUACAGAUGAUGAUUGUUACCAAAGAUGGGAUUGAAGAGAUCUACACACCAUUGAAGAAAGAUUAA